AUGGGCAUUAUACUGGAGAAUGAUACAGUGCAGGACAAGCAGCUGGGCAAUGCCAUUCUGUGCUAUCUGAACAUCCCAUACUUCAGGAACAACACAUGGUAUCUUGCGCUGUGGAAGAGGCUUUUUGAGCUAAAGCACUCUGCAGAGAUUCUUUUUCUUAUGCGAAUGAAGGACAUUGGGCUUCUCAAUGCGUGGGUAUAUCUGCAGCUGCACGCGCAUUUUCUUGAAAAAGGGUGUCUGUCCUGCGCACAUGCCAUUCUGGUUGAAGGCAUCAAGGCGCAGGCGUAUCCAAUUGAGUCGCUAGAAGAGAAGGUGAACUACACAAUACCAAAGGAGCAUCCCUUGGAGGUGCCUGCGCGAAUUCGGCUGUUUGGAAAAGAGUGGGUGUGCGUUGUAGAGUACGCACAUCUAGCAAAAACACUCCAAAAAGAAGGAAGAUCGGUGACCUACACAGAGUACAGAAUUAUACAGCAUAUUCGAAAAGAAAAAAGAAUAGAAGAGGAGGAGACAGAAAAAGGCCUAAAUGAAGUUUCUCUUAUGUUUGGAAGCCUAAGAAAUAGGUCUACACAUAACGAGGCAGAUCCAUCAACAGAGAAAGAAUCAGAGCUAGAGAAAGAAUCAGAGCCAGAGAACUUGGCUGAAAAGAGCGAGUUAUCUGACUAUUUACCCAAGCGGCAAAAAACAAACCAGGUGGAAAAUGCCCAUAUAGCAAGCACAUAUUCUGCAGAAGAUCUCCUAGAGAUCUCUAAAAAAGAGACUCAUAUGAUUAAAGAAUUCUCAAAGGAAGCCCCCGGCAGCGCAGAUGGGAGUCCAAAUAAGUCUCUCAAUAUAGGCGAGCUGAGUUUGGCAUAUACUGGCAGCAUACAGGAGGUAUAUAAAGAAGCCUUUACAGAGAUAACAGAAGGCCCAGAUAAGGCAGAUAUUAAUUCAGAAGAGUUCCUGAUGGCUCCAGAAGAAGACGGAUCUCCAGGUGAAGCAGAUCUAUCCAAGGCAAUAGACAUUGACAUCUGCGAGAGCAAGAAUGAGCUGUACAGCAAGCAUGGUAUUCUUCAGAACAGCACUGUAUUUGGCAGCCCUAUGGUAGGCAGCAAGCUUGUCAUUCAGGAAAUGCUCUACAUUGUGAAGAAACAGCUUGGCGGCAGCUCUUUCCUGGCCACUCGCAUAGCCAGCCUCGGAGACGGAAAUGUGACCCUCAAUGCGCGAGACUAUGCACUGCGGUCUAUCUCAGAUAUAUCAGAGUAUACAAUAUCCCGAGAGCUGGACAAGACAGAACACACUAUUCCAAUUGAUCUCGCAGUUAAGUACUCUGACAAGCUCAUUGUGCUUUCCGCAUACAAAGAAAUGGGAGCUCUAGACAAAGCACUGCAGCUCAUUGUUGAGAAAACAGGGUACAUCCCAGAAACACUUUCUGCGCAUUAUGUAAAAGAGGUUCUUGUAAUAGGCAUGUGCCUCCACAAAAUAGGAUAUGACAUAUCGGCGUGCUCUCUAAAGGACUUUGUGCUUUCUGUUGAAAAUGGAAAAAUAUCCAUAAAGCUUGCAAUGUACAAGAAUGUUCAGUUAGGCAAUGCAUUUCCUGCACGCGCGUCAAAGAUGGCUUCGCGCAUUCUUGAAAACACCCGCAUAGAAAACACACAAUCCCUGCUUACACACCCGCUACCACUAGCCCAGUGGAUAUCAAAGCUCACCGCAUACACCGCACAGAAAAAAGAAGCCUCUCUGCUCCAAAGCCUCUUCAUUACACAGGAGGUCUGCAUAUAUGAAGAAGCACAGCUAGUCUGA